CCCCAGCACAGGGCGAGGGGUGAAGCAGAGAUGCUCCUAAAAUCUUGAGAUGGUCUCUGAGGUCAUCCUUGGCAAUACCAGAGCCAGCAGCUCACCAGGGGAAGAGAGAAUGGGCUCGUAGAUCCCACCCAGCUCCUGCCUGGCCCAAGAGGACGGACCGUGACUGGCGGCAGCCGCGAUGAGAGCUCCGGCCCUCGCCUGAUGCCUCCUCCUGUGCUGAUGAAAAUGAUCAACAAGUCUCGAGGGAAGCUCCUCGGGGUGCUGGCAUUGUUUCUGGUGAUGGUUUGGUACUCGCUCUACCGGGAAGACAGGUACAUACGGCUCUUUUAUUUCCCUGUACAAGAAAACAAGACCACGUGUGCCAUGGGGGAGGUGGAGAAGAAAGCGGCGCAGCUGAUCGGGAACUACACAAGGGACCACCCCCUCUUCUUGCAGCUGAAGGACUAUUUUUGGGUGAAGACCCCAUCUCCCUAUGAGCUGCCCUAUGGCACCAAAGGCAGUGAAGAUGUCCUCCUGCGCCUGUUGGCCAUCACCCGCUACUCCCUGCCAGAGAGCAUCCAGAGCCUGAAGUGCCGGAGGUGCGCGGUGGUGGGCAACGGCCACCGGCUCCGCAACAGCUCCAUGGGGGAGACCAUCAACACCUAUGAUGUUGUGAUCAGGUUAAACAACGCCCCAGUCCAUGGCUAUGAGCAGGAUGUGGGCUCCAAGACCACCAUGAGGCUCUUCUACCCCGAGUCUGCCCACUUCAACCCCCAGAUGGAGAACAACCCCGACACCUUGCUGGUCCUGGUGCCCUUCAAGCCCAUGGACUUCCAGUGGAUGGAGGCCAUCCUCAACGACAAGAAGAGGGUUCGGAAGGGCUUUUGGAAGCAGCCCCCACUCAUCUGGGAUGCCAACCCCGAGCGUGUGCGUGUCCUCAACCCUUACUACAUGGAGGUCACUGCUGCUAAACUGCUCAACCUCCCCAUGAAGCAGCCACGGAAGGUCAAACAGAAGCCCACCACAGGGUUGUUGGCCAUCACCUUGGCACUGCAUUUCUGUGACCUGGUGCACAUCGCGGGCUUUGGCUACCCCGACUCUGCCAACAAGAAGCAAACCAUCCACUACUACGAGCAGAUCACACUCAAGUCCAUGGCAGCGUCGGAGCACAACGUCUCGCACGAGGCCGUGGCCAUCAAGAAGAUGCUGGAGCUGGGGCUGGUCAAGAACCUCACCUAUUUCUGAGGGACUCACCAGGACAGCCUCCUCCCCUCUUUGCCCAAGGAGGGGGUCACCUCACC